AUGGACAUUUCCCUCAGCGACUUCUACUUUCUCAACCCGGAAAUGGGCGCCAACUGCACGAAUAUCUUGCUAGGCAUAGCGUAUUGCGUUGAGGCCGUCACUGACAUCUCUCUAUAUGCCAAAUAUACCGGUGGCGGCGCCGUUGAGGUCUCCUGCCUUGAUACAUCUGCCCCAAGCAGCUGCUUCCAGGAUGUCUCCGACCUCCCAUCCGUGCCUUUGAUGGCGGGAAAUGUUACCCUCCCAAAAUACAACAGGACGACUACUCCUAGUCAAACAAUUCUGACGCAGACACCACUACCAACAGCGUCGGGAACUAUCACUGUUUGCUCAGAGUAUCUCAAUUACCAGACGGUCAACUCCACCAUUCUUAGAAGCUGA